CUGAUACCUGUAUGUUGACUCCUACUGAUGAGGAAAGUGACCACCAGCUCCUCUCUCACAACUCUCAUGUAGCUGAGAGCCAAGAUCAGAAAGGAGGCAAGCAUGGAGACUCAGGCUCAACUAGAAAUGCAGAGCCACAUCAACAGAAUCAACAUCACGAAAGCAUAAGUCACAGUAACAAUGUCGACAACCUUAACCUGUCAGAGAUGCACUGUGAUACUCAUACAGGCAAACAGCCUUUAAAAUGUGACGCAUGUGGAAAAGACUUUAAGCAUAAAUGCUCACUAGAGAGACAUCUGAGAGCCCACACAGGUGAGAAGCCAUAUUCUUGUAAAACAUGUGGGAAAGGAUUUAAACAGAAAUCAGCAUUGACCUCUCAUACAAGAAUCCACACAGGUGAGAAGCCAUAUUCCUGCAACACGUGUGGGAAAAGAUUUUGCACAAAUCAUUCAUUGACCUCUCAUACAAGAAUCCACACAGGUGAGAUUCCAUAUUCUUGUAAAACAUGUGGGAAAGGAUUUAAUAAGAAAUCAUCAUUGACCUCUCAUACAAGAAUCCACACAGGUGAGAUUCCAUAUUCUUGUAAAACAUGUGGGAAAGGAUUUAAUAAGAAAUCAUCAUUGACCUAUCAUACAAGAAUCCACACAGGUGAGAGGCCAUUUUCUUGUAAAACAUGUGGGAAAAGAUUUAAUCACAAUGUAUCAUUGACCUAUCAUACAAGAACCCACACAGGUGAGAGGCCAUAUUCUUGUAAAACAUGUGGGAAAGGAUUUAAUAGAAAAUCAUCAUUGACCUCUCAUACAAGAAUCCACACAGGUGAGAAGCCAUAUUCUUGUAAAACAUGUGGGAAAGGAUUUAAAAAUAAAUCGGCAUUGACCACUCAUACAAGAAUCCACACAGGUGAGAAGCCAUAUUCUUGUAAAACAUGUGGGAAAGGAUUUAAACAUAAAUCAGCAUUGACCUACUCAUACAAGAAUCCACACAGGUGAGAAGCCAUAUUCUUGUAAAACAUGCAAAAAAAAAUUCCGGUCUAAUAAUAAUUUGAAAGACCACAUGAGAACGCACAUGGGGGGAAAGCUGCAUCACUGCAGCACAGAGGUUCCAGAGAUUAAAGAGUAACAGGAGGAACUAAAAUGAGUUUGACACUCCUGACUUCAGGGUUACACUCUGUAAUAAGUGUUUGAUCAUACACUAUUUCUACACACUACCUCAGCAAUGAGGUCACUGAGUUUUUUUCAUUGUUAGAGGAAGAUUGUCUGUUUUGGGUUAUUGGAUUGCAAUGGGAUAGUGCUUGAUCACCUGAACGUGUAAAUGUAGCAGAGAUAUGGAUGGUGGGAUGCUGGGCUAAAGAAGCUUGUGCGUAAUGCAUACUGGUACAUGCAGGCAGUCCCUGCACGGCUCCGCGAGCAGGAGAACUCAGCUUUAGGAUUCAGGGGGAUCUAUUUGCAGAAAUGGAAUAUAGUAUUCAUAACUAUGUUUUCUUUCAUCUAUAAUCACAUGAAACUAAGAAUUGUUGUGUUUUCAUUAGAUUAGAACGAGCCCUUCAUAUCUACAUGAGGAGCGUGUCCACUUCCACUGAGACCCCCAUGUAGCCUCUUUAGUAUCCCAGAACAGACGAACCAAACUCUGGCUCUAGAAAAGGUCUUUCGUGUUUUUACGUUACCGGAAGCCACUGUAGGUUCUCACAACACUUGGAAAAGGAGGUGGGCAGAGGAGUAUUCAGUUAGUUGCACCUGCAACCUCACCGCUAGAUGCCACUAAAUCCUACACACUGGACCUUUCUAAGGGGACAGUUAAUGUUGUAACUGACCAUGAUGAACAAACUGUUGACCAAGAUGAAUGUUACUGCAUUGUAUGCAACUUUUUAAUUGAACAACGGUGACACUGAGCAUGGGUGAUUGUAGCAACACUGUUAAUAUCAUUUGUUAUACUGCUGCACAUUGUUUGAAGACUGACUGUGACAGAACAUAUUGCUGUAAAGGCCAGAAGCUAUAGAAGCUUAAAGAGAACGUAUUCAUAUCACACAUGUUUGUUACCAAGGUAGAAUGGUGCAUCACAUUUUACGGUUUGUAAAUAAUGAAUGUGUGUAUACAUUGUCUUUAAGUAAUUUCUUUCUAAAUGCUGCAAACAUAUUGUGAUUUUAAACAUGUGUAUACCAAUCAAAUGUUAAUGUUCAUUAAUAUUUUCUUAUUUGUUUUUUCAGUUUUAAUUCUUUUCGUAAAUGCAUUUGUAUGAACAUGGAAAUAAUGUUAUGUGUUGUAUUUCAUGCCAAGUAAUUACAAUAAAUGUAUU